AUCCAGACUCACUGGAGCCGGAUCAUGAAAAGGCAUUGUACUAGGCGGAUCAGAAUCAAGCUCCACUCAUACGAAAUGUUGAUCCGAUCCUGGAGCUGCGCAGCCGUAACUAGGGAAACUGACCAAUGAGAAGCGAAUAUGCGUGGCGCAGAGAUUGAAGAUUCUGAUUGUCAGAAAAUGAAAUACAUUUAAUUUAAACAACAUAAAUCAGAAGCAACUACUGUGCAUGUAUAAUUUUAAACUCCAGCGAUUCUAUAAAAACAGGUCGAGUAUAUUAAUACCGGUAUCUGGAUUUGUUUUGUGUUUUUAACUUCUAAAAAUAUUUUAAUAAAUGUUACUGUAAUCACGGUCGUGUGUAUUUUCUGACGGGCACACAGAUAUUUUACAGCGGUAUAGCCACAUACACACAAACAUGUAGCUGCAGCGUCGGUUCAGGGCAAAUUAUCAACACAUUUUGAGCAAAUGUAAUCAAGUGCUGACAGCUGCAACUGGAAAAUGUCGCGGACAGGGGGAGAUUGAGGCUGUGAAAAGGUGCUAAGACUCUGUCCUCAACAAGCAGGGCUUUACAAAUUGAAGUAGCUGCAAGUCUGCUUUAGUCAUUACGCUGUGGCACAGAGGUGAAAAUGUUCCAAGACUGUUAAACAAAACUUAAAAGACAAUGGGGAAUUCGUACGCUGGGAAACUGAAAUCAACUCGCUUUGAAGAGGCUCUUCACAAUUCCAUCGAGGCAUCUCUCCGCUCUAACAGUGUCAUCCCUCAACCUGUGUUUUCUCAGCUCUACCUUGAACAGCAAACUCUUAACUUGGAAGAUGUCAAGCCAAAGAUUGAGGAGAUGGACAAGGAGCUUUCCCUACAUUACCCAGAGAGGGGUAACCACAAGCUUCUGAAUGAACAGGUCACCAACGAAGUGGACCAAGAAGAGGAGGAUGAAGAUGAAGACAUGUCAGAAAGCAAUAGCCCUCCAAUCCCCUACAUGGAGAAACCAGCCCCUGAAGGGUCUUGCACUGUGGAUGGUUUCUGUCAGGCUGGUAGGGACUUGCGGCUGGUUUCUGUGAGUAUGGAGCAGAUUGAAGUCCCGGCAGGGUUCGAGUUGGUUGGUGCCAAGUCACCAAACAUCUCCGAGCACAUACUUGUCUGUGCAGUAGACAAAAGGUUCCUGCCGGACGACAAUGGAAAAAAUGCACUUUUAGGAUUUUCAGGAAAUUGUGUAGGCUGUGGAGAGAAAGGAUUCCGCUACUUCACAGAGUUUUCAAACCACAUCAACCUUAAACUGGCCACCCAGCCAAAGAAGCAGAAGCACUUAAAGUAUUACCUGGUGAAGAACUCUCAGGGUGCUUUGUCUAAAGGACCGCUCAUCAUCUGGAAAGAAUGUAAAACAAGACAGUCAGCAGGCUUGUCAUUUGUUAAACCAAGUUCUUCAAGGUCCCCAACUAUGAGUCAAGAAAACGGAGGAAGUAACGGCUGCAGUUCGUCCUUCAUUCACACAGCAGACUCUCCAUCCAGUCGGACACAGACGUCCUCCACGGUCAGCUUGUAUGGAAGUUUGGACAUGUCCAGAGAUCGCAGCCUUGCGAAACCUCCAGCUGUGUCCUCGCAGCUUGUGACAAAGAAUCAAGCCACAGCUCCUGCUGCAGCACGUGCUAAUGGCUCUGCUAACGGGUUGAGUAAAAGCGGAAAGGCUGGCAUGUCCAUCUCAUCACAACCUCCUCAAUUGGCAGCUCAUUCCACCUCACACAGUCCUGGCUACAGCGCUGCAGACCCAGCAGCAAUGAGCUCCGGACCUCCUAAGAAAAGGCAUCGCAGCUGGUACCCUGGAUCUCCAGUGCCGAUUCCUGCUGCAGCGGUCCCUGUUCCUGCAAUCCACCCUGUAGCCCGAUCAUCAGAGCCACUGUUGUCGGCCCCUGCUCCUCAACCCAUGGUGUCUGGGGUCUUGCAGCCUCAGGCCAUUCCCGCAGCAGAGACUGUGAUUGUACCUGAGAAUCUGCUCAACAGCUCGGGAGUCAGACCAGUUAUUCUCAUUGGUUAUGGCACUUUACCGUAUUUCUAUGGCAACGUGGGAGAUAUAGUGGUUAGCCCACUACUGGUGAACUGCUACAAGAACCCCCAGCUGAAUGGCAAGACUUUGGAGAAGCUCGGCAUGGCUAGCAGCCAGUUACUGAGUGUGGAGAGUAUGAUCUUAUUGACCCUGCAGUAUCUGGUUAGAUUAGGCUCGGAUCAGAUCCCACUGCGGGAGGAGUUUGAGCAGAUCGUCCUGAAGGCCACGCAGGGGCUACUCCUGCAGGAGCGCUCGUCCCUGCUGCCCAGCACCGGCCUCCCCUCCUGCUACUCCGUCUCUCAGGCUCAGCUGCCCUGGCUGGCACGCCUCACCGCCAGCGUCUCCAGAGAUUCUGUGCACGUCCUCGUAACUCUCAACUCCCUAGGGGAGGGCAUUUCAGAGACGCUUCGUUCCCUUAGCGAGAUCCCGCCUCAGCAGCGCCUGCCUGACUAUGUUGUUGUAAUCUGCACCUCCAAGAUGCGAGGAAACGAGUUCUGUGUGCUGGUCCUGGGUCAGUAUCAGUCGAGGGCACUCGCAGAGAGCACACUCACCACUAGCGAGUUCUUGAAAGAGAUCAGUUAUGAGCUGAUCACCGGGAAAGUCAGCAUCCUCGCUUCGCAUUUCAAAACAACCUCGUUAGGAGAUAAUUUAGACAAGCAGCUGGAGCGGCUUCAGCAGAGGAGAGGCGAUAAGGUUAUUGUGCCUUUCCGAGGCGGUGUUCACGACUGCGUUCAGUCGCAGGAAGCUGCUGCCAUGGUGCCAAUGCAGGACACGGGCAUUGGCAAUGAAGUGUUCCAGAUCUACGCUCCACAGCUGAAUGUAGCCCGCAAGCUUUUAUCCCAGGUGUGCUCCAUAGCUGACUCGGGCAGCCAGAGCUUGGACCUGGGCCGCUUCUGCAAAGUGGACUUCAUGAUCCUGGUGCCUCCCUCCGAGGUCCUCUUCCACCAGACUGCACAGCGAGUCAGACAAUCAGGAGUUCUGGUGGAUCUGGGUCUCGAGGAAGCAGCCACCAUCCACCAGAAAGCAGAAAAAUGUGUUGUCCGGUUAGACAACGAUGUUCACAGCAAGUUUGAGGCCUUCAUGAGGAAAGUCAAGCAGAAUCCGUAUACCCUGUUUGUCCUGAUUCACGACAAUUCCCACGUCGAUUUGACCAGCUUGAUCUCGGGGUCAGUGUCGCAUGGAGAGCUGCAGGGCUUGGCUGACCGCGUCAUUAACUGCAGGGAGACUCUGGAGUCGAUGAAUCUCCUGGUCCUGCAGGUCAGCUCCUUCCCUUUCACCCUGCAGACACAGCAGUCCCGGAUUAGCGUUUACAACGAGGUGCACUGGCCACUGCGCGAGAGCAACGAGGAGUCUGGUGCAGAGGAGCAGGUGUAUUUUGGUCUGAACGACUACAGCAGGUCCCUGCGGUGGGGCAUAGUGAGCCCUGUUCUGAGAUGCGACGAUGCCUUUGAAAAAAUGGUGAACACCCUUUUGGAGAGGUACCCACGGCUGCACAGUAUGGUGAUUCGCAGCUACCUUCUCAUCCAGCAGUACACUGAGGCCAUGAUGGCCCUGACCUCCAUGACCUCCCUGCGGGACCACACGACGCCCGAGACCCUGGGUAUCUUAGAUGACCUAAUCGGCAUGCCGGGCAGGGACAAGAGCGGCCGGGGCCACAUGCUCAUUAUCCGUGUGCCCUCGCUGCAGCUGGCCAUGCUGGCCAGGGAGAGGCUGGAGGAGAUCCGUGACAAGCUGGGUCUCCAGUACCGCUUUGAGGUCAUCCUGGGCAGCCCCUCCUCCGAGCUCUGCCUCACCAAGCACUUCAUUACUAGGCUCAAGGCGUGGAGAGGCAGUGAAAGUGAAGACUGGGUUCCCCGCACCUAUGAGGACCUGGAGGGACUGCCAUGCAUUGUGAUUCUGACUGGAAAAGACCCACUCGGGGAAACAUUUCCCAGGUCCCUGAAGUACUGUGACCUGAGGCUAAUCGACUCAAGCUACCUAACGCGCACAGCCUUGGAGCAGGAGAUUGGGCUGGCGUGCAGUUACACAUCACGGCUGGCUGCCCAGGAGCCCUUGGGGGCCAUGGUCCUGCCAGAGCAAGAUCAGGAAAAAGCCAACAGCAGUGAGAAUGACUCAGAGGAGCUGCACAUCGACCUGGAGAGACCGCAGAGCAAUGGCAGCGCAGUCACUGGAACCUCAGUAGGCUCCAUCACAGAGAAUGGGGUGAGCUCUUCAAGUGCUAUGGACAGCUCCCAGAAGACCUCCUCCUUUCUCACCUUUCAGAACAUGACCAGCAGUUCUGCUGAGGAGGGGGCCUCUCGGACAGGCAUGAAGCAGGAGUGUGACUCGCAGGGCAACCAGCCAGCCAGCAGCAGUGGCUCAGUCCCCCAGCCUUCCUCCUGUAGUGCCUCCACAUCCUCCUCCUCCUCCUCCAACAACUCCCGGAGGCCUAGCCAGUCCACACGCGAGAGCUGGAGCCCCCCAGCUGCCCAGCCUCGCACCGUCAUCCUGUCCCGGGCAGCCUACAACCUGCUGGGCAGCGAGAGCGCCGGCCAGCUGCACUCGUCCUCUCUGCUGCCCCACGCCGAUGUAUCCUGGAGCAGCCACCUGCGGCCCCGCUUCCAUAGGGGCCUCAGCACAGAGGAGCAGUCCCUCUACUACCGCCAGUGGACCAGCGCCCGACAGCACCAUGCCGACUGCAGCAACCAGGUCGGGCAAGAAGCCAUCGGCUUCCACCCACGUCGUUUAUUGCUGACUGGGCCGCCACAGGUGGGGAAGACGGGAGCGUACCUGCAGUUCCUGCGGAUUCUGUUCCGCAUGCUGAUCCGCCUGCUGGAAGUAGACGUGUACAAUGAGGAGGAGGUUGAUGAGGAUAUCUCCGAAAGCAGCGAAUUAACCCAACCAUCCAACGAUCAGUGGCCAGACAUUGAAGUCAUCAGCAAUAUGCCCUUUGACCUUCGCCCCCAUGAUCCAAAGUCCCGUCACACCAGUCCUGUGUACACAGAGAAACCGACCAAGUCUCUGCAAGGUUAUAAUAAAGAAAUAAAGUUUGAGGUAUCUGCCAAGCGGGAGACAGUCUCUAUAAUGUUAACCAAGUAUGCUGCCCACAAUACUUUCCAUCACUGUGAACAGUGUCACCAUUACACAGAAGUCAGCCCAGCAACACAGUUGUCUGACACUACACUCCACGCAUUCACUUUUUCAUCCUCCAUGUUGGGCGGCGAGGUCCAGCUUCACUUUAUCAUUCCCAGAUCCAAGGAGAACUACUUUGUCUUCAGCCAGCAAGGGAGGCAGCUGGAGAGCAUGCGGCUUCCCCUGGUCUCUGAUAAGAAUGCUGAUGUGUUGAAGAGCCCCAUCUUCACACCGACGACAGGACGUCACGAGCAUGGCCUGCUGAACAUAUUCCAUGCCACAGAAGGUGCUGGUCACCUUCACGUCCUGGUAGUCAAGGAGUAUGAGAUGCCUCUUUAUCGCAAGUAUUGGCCCAACCACAUCCUGCUUGUCCUGCCGGGGAUGUUCAACAAUUCCGGUGUAGGAGCAGCUCGGUUCAUGAUCAAGGAGCUCUCCUACCAUAACCUGGAGCUGGAGCGAAACCGACUGGAGGAGCUGGGAGUCCUGCGGCAGGAGGUCUGGCCCUUCAUCCUCAUCAUGGAUGACUCCAGCGUUCUGUGGAACGCUCACAAUGUUCAAGAGCAGACCAGUCAAACAGCAGAUGCAUCCCCCAGCUUCAAGAACAUCUCUUUAAAGACAGUCCUGCAGCACAUGGAGGCCACUCCCAAGAUCACCCAGUACGCCAUGUGUGGUGUCCGGAAAUGGAGCUGCCACCUGGCAGCCAAGAGGCCCGGUGCCCCUUUCUCACGCUGCCACAUCCACGACUUUGUUUUGCUCAACGUUGACCUGACCCAGAAUGUUCAAUAUGACCUCAACAGGUAUUUCUGUGAGGAGGUUGACUUCAAUCUGCGGGCUAAUAGCAGCGGCCUGCUGAUCUGUCGCUUUAACAACUUCAGCCUCAUGAAGAAGCACAUCCCUUUUGGAGGCCAUAAGGACUUUGUCAUUAAACCCAAGAUCUUGGUGUCUGAGAACCUGACCUCCAUCAACCCCUCGCAGUAUGUCUGCGCCCCAGACAGUGAGCACAUGCUGCUAGCUGCUCCAGCCCAGUUCCUGCUGGAGAAGUUCCUCCAGCACAGCAGCUACAAACUCUUCCCCAAGGCCAUCUUCAAUGAGAAGAGCCCAGUUCUGGCCAUUGACUGCUACCUGAACGUGAGCUCAGAGGUGUCGAUCUGUUACAUGAGCUCUCGGCCUCACUCAGUGAACCUGAACCACAAGGGGCUGGUGUUCAGUGGGCUGCUCCUCUACCUCUGCGACUCCUUUGUGGUUGCGGACCUGCUCAAGAAAUUCAAGUUUCUUAAAGGUGCCACGCUGUGUGUUAUCUGUCAAGACCGGAGUUCGUUACGCCAGACUGUUGUGCGUUUGGAGCUGGAGGAUGAGUGGCAGUUCCGCCUGCGUGACGAGUUCCAAACGGCAAACAGCAGUGACGACAGACCCUUGUACUUUCUCACAGGGCGCCACACCUGAUACCAAAAACACCAUUUGAAUUUCCUUUUUUUUUUCUCUCGUCAUCAUCAUUAUUGUAGAAGAUAAUCAUAACAAGCGGAGAACGUGUUCAGCAAGAGCUGGACUUACAAUCAUAUCCAAAGAAAUGGCGUUGGCCUCUGAUCAGAGAGCAAAAAGCACAUCGGAGACCACAGCAUUGCUAUGUGCACACUCUUCUGGAAGGCCUUAUUCCAUCUACAUUGACCUUAAAACUGCACUAAUCAAAAUGAAAGAUGUCUAUAAAUAAAUACUUUUAAAAUUGUUGGGAUGUGCAGAUGUCAGGCUGCUUUCUCAAAUGUAUUAUUCAGCGAUGCCAAAAUGGACACAUGCUGGUACUUGGACUUGCACAACUGGCACAAGAUGGUUUGAGAUUUGUUUGUGAAAGUACUCACGCCAGGGGUGUGUGAACUGUUUUAAAGAUUGUAAAGCAAGGGGGUUGUGCCCUUGGUUCUAGCUAAUACUGUAUUUGAGGUACAGUCCAUCUCAGGGUUUUUAAAGAAAACACAAUGUUCUCGCUAAAUGUGAAGUGUUUAUGUUUUGUAUUAUAUAAGAUUUAUAAGUGUCUGGACUUGUAAGAUGCACCGAUGCACAAAUGUAAAGCGGUGUUGGCACACGAUCCUUAUUGGUCAUUUUGUCUUUCUAAUCCACACAACAGAUGAAGUGGUUGGACCCAAAGUAAGGAAAAAUGUACUUUAUCAAAGUAGUGUUAAAGCACAAUCGCAUGUGCUCAGCAAACAGAUCUAUUGGAUUAUUGUGUUAAUGUAAACCACUCCUAAUGAAUUUAUAGCAUUUCCUACCCAACCCAAAGAUUUCUUUAUCCAAUCACAACUAAACUGAAUUACCUUUUUCAAGUUUAAUAAUGCGCCUUCCAAUGCUUUAGAGAUACCCCAAACCUAGUCAGAGCUUUUAGAAAAUUAGGGAAACAUACAUAGUACUAAUAAAGCACAACAAUUAUUGUAGCUUCUAUUAUAAUGGUUUGGAUAAUUAGCUGAUUUGGGGGUUUAAUAGUAACAUAAUAUAUUAAAGUUAGAAUGGGAAAAAAUGUCAUUCAUGUUUUUUGGUUUCCAAUUCCUGUCUUGUUUCUGUUUUAGAUCACAUCAUUGAAACUUAUAUUUUUAAAAUUUAGGCUCAGCAAGGUUCAUGCUUUGCUGUUAGCAAUUAACUGAGCCAGCGCAUCACAAAUCAGUUUCUAGGGAAGCUCAAACAGGUGAUAACCAAAUUAGUCUCACUCUUAUGUUUAGUCUCACAUUGAUGAUGCAAAAAGCCCUUGAGGGAUUCUGAACUGUCUGAAGUGGUUUUCAGCAGCAAGGCUUGGGGCAAUGCAGUAAGAGAAAAAAUAUCUAUAAAGGGAAGCGAUGAGACCAAAGCACAAAGAGGUUAAAUACUGGCAAAGGUUUGAACAACCAGUCUCUGGGAGAACAGCUAACAUACCAUAUUUUAUUUAUUGUAAAUAAAGAAUGGACAUGCAAUAUUAAAAACUGCAUCUAUUAGUCCAAAUACUAGGAUUAAGUUUUUUACUCCCAAACUCCCAAUCCUAAACUCUGAUCCCUGGGCAGCCACACAGUCUCUUAAAAACUGCACGGGUAAGGACUUCUAAUGAGUUGGAAAAUGGGUUUAGAAAAGUUCAAGAUUGGAUAUCCUUGAUUAAAGAUGUCAGAAUUUUUAGACAAGAUGGUUACUGGUAUUGUGGAGCACAUUGACCAAUGAGGAGCAAGGCACCUGCCAAUUCUGCAUCUUUUCUUUUAUGGCUGGUUUCAUAGACUGCAAUUAGCACAAGUCUUGCACUGCUUUACCUACGGUUACAUUAAGCUCUCCAAGACUAGUUCUAAUCGGGGUCUGUGAAAUCAGCUGACUUACAACUUUAUCUUAAAAUGAAAAAGCAGUGUUUACAAUAAAAUAAGUAGUAGAAUAAUAUAUUAAGUCAGUGAAUAUGGUUUCUUAUUUUGUAAUAGAACAGGUACUUUGUUGUUGUUUUAUUGAAUUGCUGUGACAAAAAUAUUCUACCUAGAUUCCUGUGAUGUUUUCGUAAAAUCCUGUCAUAUCUCUUCUCAGAAACUCGUAAUUUAAUUGGAAAAACAAUCCGGCCACUAAACAGAAUUUAAUAUAUUUAAAAAAGGGGGUUUUAGCCGGCUACUGGUGUUAAAUGGAGUUGACCAUGCAUUUGGAUCAAAGACAUAUGUAUAGAUGGUGAAGCCCCCUACAGGUGGGACUUGUGGUAACAUACUUAGAAGCAUACCUUUCUACUAAAACUUUAAAAUGGUUUGCUUCCAAAAUUCACUGUUAAAGCUGAGUUGGACAGAAAUUUGCCAAAUUCCCAUUUACCAAAAAGUACAGCCUCUAAACCAGUAGUUUUUUAUUAUUAUAUUAAAUGCUGAAACGGGUGGUCAAUUUGUCUGACAAAAUGCCAUGCCUGAACCAGGCACUAGUAAAAUAAAAAUUAAGCAAUUUAUCUGAUCUAACACUAAUGUUAUUUUCAAAUCACCUUCAUUAAUUUACUGCUGAAUGUAAAUGGAAUGCCUUCUGAUGUAUGCAUUGUUUAUAUUUUCUGUUCUGGUUUGUACAAAGAAACUCAAACUAUUUUAGGCACGUAACUUAUGCAAUCGCUUUUUGUAAUUUUGACCAGCUGAAUAGUCUAAAUUGUGGUUUGUUUUUUGUUCUUUUUCACUAGGCCUCCUUGGUCACCUGUGUGAUUUACCUCACACUUACCAUUUUGUAUUUGUUUUUUAACCUGUGGCUACAUAGCAUUCAAAAUAUGCUUUUGGUUUAAAUGGAUGUAAUAAAUUGACAUUGAAACGUU